CCGGGUCAGGGGUCAGCCCGCAAAGAUGGCGGCGACGGUGACCUUCUGCCGGCUGCUGGGCCGGAGCGGUCCGGCGGCGCUGAGCCUGCCCCGUGGCGCCAGGUGUCUAGGGGUGCGGACUUCACCGACCGGGGAGAAGAUUACGCACACCGGCCAGGUAACCGACACUGGUUGCUCAACUAGGCUGCGAUUCCUUUUUCGCCAGAAGCGUGUGAAUGAAAACUUUGCCAUCGAUUUGAUAGCUGAGCAGCCCGUGAGUGGAGCUGACCGUCGGGUGGUCGCGUGUGACGGCGGCGGGGGGGCUCUUGGCCACCCGAAAGUGUACAUAAACCUGGACAAGGAAACCAAAACUGGGACGUGCGGCUAUUGUGGACUGCAGUUCAGACAGCAGCAUCACCAUUAGCGUGGCCAAGCUGUGCACGCGCGGGCGUCUCCGCCUUAACACGCAGCAGCCAAGAGCCCGGUGCUGUCACGGGGCGCCGCCGGCUGAAUAAAGGGCGUCGUGACCCAGGACGGCGAGCCGCACGCGUGCUGCUUUCAGAGAGGACUUGGGAACGAGCACCCACCUGGAAGGGCAGGGUCCUCCUCCGGGCGCGCGGGGGGCCUCGCGGCACCUCCUGCGAUCCGGGUCACCGCACCGGGUGGCCGAGGGGCGGGAGGGAGAAGGGCUUCUCCGAUUUUGCGGACGAAUUGGAGGUUCGUCAGGCUUAGGAGCUCCCACAGGGGCCGGUGCUGGGUUCAGGCCUCCACCCUCUGACUGGAAGCGUGUGCUCUCCCUGCCACUCCCCUGCGCCUGCGCUUCAUUGUGUCCUCAUCUUUAGGGUGAAAUAUAGACUCUU